CUCCUUGUUUAUUUUAGCUUGCUCGGACCGCAGUGACACAGGGUCCCACACACAGAGAGAGAGAGAGGGGCUGUCAUGGAGGGAGUCACCAUCAAGCACUGGGCGACCUGCCCUGUACGCUAUGGAUCUCAUUUUGAAGGGAGAGACCCAGACAACCUCACAGAGGACCACAGACUGUUCGCCUUGCCGGGGCCCGCCUUCAAAGGUAUCAAGCCGAGGUCCGGAGCAGAGGCAUCGGGUGGCAACGGCGGCAGCCCCCACUGGCUGCCCAUGGAGCCUGUCUUUCAGGUGCUGCUGGACGUGACCCAAUUCAAGCCAGAGGACAUCAUGAUCCAGGUGUUUGAGGGCUGGCUGCUGAUCAAGGGGCAGCAUGGGAACAGGAUGGACGAGCACGGCUUCAUCGCCCGCAGCUUCACGCGGCAGUACCCUCUGCCAGAGGGGCUUCAGGCGGCAAAGCUGAGGGCUCUUUUGUGUUACGAUGGGAUUCUUGUGGUGGAGACCAAAGAGCAAGAGCCGUGAAGUGAGAAAGAGAGUGAUUGGAGAUGGUGGAUGUGAACCUUUCACAUGUCUGUAUGGACAUGAUUAUCACAGUGUGGAUUACUCUGUGUGGGUGUGAGCAAAGACAUAGUGAAUCGGGGAAAGUGCAUGAUGAUUUCUGUGUAGGUUUUUGAACGUUCUAAGUUCCGCAACAAUUGAAGGUUCUAAAAUUCUAUGUUGAAUUCAAUGAACCCAGAUAUUCUUUAGAACGUUCAUUUCUCAACAACUCCUUUAAUUUCACCAGUGUUUCAUAUUUUACGUGUUCAUUUUUUUUUGUUGUGAUUUUGUAAUGUUUAUUUCACAGGCCUUAAUAUAACAGGUGGGGUACCAAAUAAAUAAUUUCUAAUCAA